CAAAACUAGCAAUUUCCCACCUGUCAAAUUUUCUGGCUUUCCACAUUGAAGCUCCGGCAGCACAGUAAACAAAUGCUCCCAUUUGUCCCUGUCUCAAGACAACAACAAAUAAAUUAAGAUGCCUCCUCCACCGGCGUAAGUAUUUGAAUUCUUGUUGAACUCAAUGUAAACAAAUCUACGUCAAAAUCAUGUUUUUCUUAUCUACAAUAAACACAACAUUGUUAAAUUCUAUUUCAUUUCGUGAUAUUUCAAUACACAUGAAAUCAUGUUAGCAUUUACAUCAACGUCAACCCACUGCACACAUAAGAUCCUUGGACCCAUCGUCCUUUCAUUCUGUGACUUGUCCCCUUGUUUUUUCUCUUCCAUGAUCAUAUCCUCUUAACCAACUUUUUCCUUUUAUCUUACUUUCUUCUCUGUCACACUCUGCUAGCUUCUUCCUAUAUACCUCCCUCCUUGGCUACCUUACUAUUCUAGUAUUAUCAAUUCUCCGCCACCAUCAUGCGGAUCCCACGGUGGCUGGACACGUGCUCCUCCGCCAACUGCGCCACUGCCACCAACCAAUCCACCAUCACACUCCCCACCAAGCACAAACAAAAACAGCAACAUGCAUCUGAUUCAAGCACCUCCUCCUCCUCUUACUCCACCACCACCUCCCACGACAGCACCACCAGUACCCUCCAUAGCAACACCUCCAUUCAAACACUCCCAUCCGUUCCUUCCCUCCAAAAACUCUCUCCACAAACACUAAACUUCUCAAUCUCCCACCACUGUGUCACCACUCUCACACCACCACAACCCUCUCGCCCCGUCACCUCCCUCGCCCCCCACCACAACCUCCUCUACGCCGCCGCAGAUCACCAAAUCAUCGUCUAUGAUCGCCACACGUGUCAAAUUCUCCACACAUUCAACGCCGGAGCAACCUCCUCCGGCUGCACAAAAUCCAUCACCUUCUCCGACGGCAUGAUCUUCACCACCCACCAAGACCGCAAAAUCCGCGUGUGGCGGCACGACCACAAUAACAACAACAACAACCACCACCACCGCAUGCUAACCUCUCUCCCCACCGUCAGCGACCGUCUCCGCCGUUUCCUCCUCCCCAAUAGCUACGUCACCGUCCGACGCCACGAGAAGCGGCUCUGGAUAGAGCACGCCGACGCCGUCACCGGCCUCGCCGUCUCCAACGGCGUCAUCUACUCCGUCUCGUGGGACAGGACGCUCAAGAUAUGGCGCGUCUCCGAUCUCCGCUGCGUGGAGUCCGUGAAGGCUCACGACGACGCGAUCAACGCGGUUGCUGUCUCCGGCGAUGGAACAGUCUACACCGGAUCCGCCGAUAGAAGGAUACGGGUCUGGGCGAAGCCCGAGGGGGAGAAGCGGCACGUUCUGGUGGCGACGCUGGAGAAGCACAAAUCGGCGGUGAACGCACUGGCGUUAAACGACGACGGUUCGGUUCUGUUUUCCGGCGCGUGCGAUCGUUCGAUUUUGGUGUGGGAGAGGGAGGACAGUGCGAACCACAUGGUGGUGAGUGGGGCCCUGAGGGGCCACGAGAAGGCGAUACUGUGUUUGAUCAACGUCUCUGAUUUUCUCCUGAGUGGGUCCGCUGAUCGGACGGUCAGGGUUUGGAAGCGGGGUUUCGAUGGACCGUUUUGCUGCCUCGCUGUCCUCGACGGUCACCGGAAACCGGUGAAGUCCUUGGCGGCGGUUGCGGAGAGUGAUCAGAAUUCCCCUGACGGCGUUGUUUCGAUUUUCAGUGGUUCUCUUGAUGGAGAGAUAAGAGUGUGGCAGGUUUCUCUCACGAGUCUAACCGCACAGGAUGAAUCGAACUACUAGAAAGGAAUGAAAUCAAACUAGUCAUGACAUGAAGAGUGCUACAUAGGAAGAAAAUGUGUACAUGAUGAAAUUUCUGUCUUAUUUUUUUGUUUAUUCUGGCAAAGGGCUCUCAAAUCACAAUCCUUUUUUUUUUUUUAACUUGUGGAAUUGGUUCGUGGAAUAACAACGGCAUGAAUGUCACCACAAGCAUGAAUGUCUUCCUCAUAUUUUAACCACAAGCUUUCUCUAACAAGACAAUCUUAUUAAAUGAA